AUGUCAGGCGAUACAAAAAUAUAUGUCUCGUAUAACCAAGUACAUGAAAUAAUAAAGAAAGCAGUUGCGAAAUAUCGAAUAGGUCAAGAAUUUCAACCCGAUUUAAUAAUAGCUAUUGGAGGAGGCGGUUUUAUACCUGCAAGAAUCUUGCGCACAUUUAUCAAACGCCAAGGUAACAAGAAUAUUCUCAUCCAAGCGAUAGGACUCUCUUUAUACGAAGAUAUACACGAUAUAUCCGAUGAAUCUGCUGUGGCACUAGCUAAAGCUACCAAUCAAGUGAUAAAAACCCAAUGGCUAUCAUUCGGUCCUCCAGUCGCUACAACACUUGUUGGUAAGAGCAUUUUAAUCGUAGACGAGGUUGAUGAUACCCGUACAACCCUCUCGUAUGCUGUGCAGGAGCUGCGUAAAGACAUCGCAGAACAAGAGAAAAAGUUUAUAAAAGAACAUCCGGGUAAGAAAGUACCUGAGACUAAGCUCGGCAUAUUCGUAUUGCAUAACAAGAAGAAAGAGAAGAAAAUGCAAUUGCCAGACGAGAGUAUUGUCAGGGCAGGAAGGUAUUGGGCCGCAGAUGAGACCGCAGAUAGAUGGAUUGUAUAUCCAUGGGAAGCAAUCGAUAUCGAAGAGCAUACGCAAAAGUGUGUAUAA